GAGUAUUGAUGUAUCACAAUACGGCCUUAUUACCUCCGUAAGCGAUUCUGGUCCCCAGAUACCAAUCGGAAAUCAAAGAAAAAACUUCAUCGUGAGGGCUGGAAGUCCUUUUAUUGGUUGGCGAGAGCGCAGCGACUGAUAUAUUAGUAGAAAAGGUGCUCGUGUCUUUUUCCUGUCUGCUGCAGAUUUUCGUUUAGAUUGCCUAUAAUCGGUAUCUUUGGUUGUUAAUUAGCAAUAAAUGUAUCCACGGUAUUUCAUACUCAAAGAUGGAUCUCAUGGGGUUACUUGCAACAUUAGCUUGCAUUCUGGUGACUUUCCACCAAGCACAAUCCUUAAGGUGUCUAAAAUGCUUCUCGUACAAAUCUAUGGAGGAUUGCGGCCGUCUGCAAACCUCAGAAGAGUGUGGCCCGGGCUACGACCGCUGUCAGAACACCACUGUUGAAGUCUACGUGGAGAUGAUGAAGGAGAGGAUCACGGGAUAUUCCUUAGGAUGCGCACGGAGCAUGGACUGCCACGAAAACCGCUGUGCAAAUCACUUUGGGAUUCAGAUGGGUCAGUCUAAGUACAUCAGGUGCGACAUCAGGUGCUGUGGCUCGGAUCACUGCCCUGAAGGGAAAAACGCCACCUACCUUACCCCACCCCCGACGGUAGUGGGAGGACAACCGAAUAAAGGGGCACGCUCUGGAGCUGACAGUGCGCAUGCGUCGACUAUAGGACUUAGUGCGGUGGUCGUUAUGACAACAUCGCUGUUUAAUUUGUUGCUUCGCUUUUAAAGGGGCUCUGCGCGUGCGCGGGCUCAUAGGGAAGCUGAAAAUCCACCUAAAUGUUCGGCCGUUUUAUUUUCUAAGAUUUUCUAUCGAUAUUUUUAGUACUUAAUCCCUGUAAUUGAUGGUCGUAUAUGUAUUUGAAUUACGCAUUUUAAAUAAUAUACUAAGUACUGUCUUACUUGAAAGA